AUGGACCACGUCGAGAUUCCCAUCAUCGACACUAAUGAACCGCUUUUCGAUGUGCUCCAGAAACUGUCCAACUUCAUAAGCACGGCGGUCAGCGACACAGCCUACUCUUUCGAGCAGAUGAGGCAUGGGUCCCGCGGCCACCGUCUGAGACAGUUGGUCCAUACAUUGGCUGAGGACAGUCAUAAUCCCUUGAUAAUUGUCACUUUGAUGAUCUUGAAGUGGGAAUUCAUCAACUCCACCGAUGAUGACUGGGGGAUGAACGAAAGUCGAGGACAUGCCUGCGAGUUCGUUGCCUGGCAAUUCUUGUGCCAUUUAAACCAGCGUGAAACCAUCGAGUUUUUGCUCGAGGAACUUCCAAUCCCGCGACGGAACUCGGCAAACCUCGUUGAGGCCGAGAGAGGAGCUUCUGACUUUGCCUCCGAUCGAGGGGAGAUGCGAGAGACGGAGGAUGAGACAACCCCUCUCCUGUUGAACUCAUCAUCUUCUCUUUAUCGACUAUUGUCUGGAAAAGUUGGCACAGGAAGUCCAUCCACCCAAAGCCACCAGGGCACCCAGACCUAUCAAGAGAUCUGCCUCGCUCAGAAAUAUUCUCAGUUUUUCGGACUGAAUGCACUGGAGAUCGCAACAAUCGCCCAUGCCAAGAAAUUUCUGAGCCAAAGAGUUGUUCAGCGAGUGGUGGAUGAUAUCUGGCGAGGGGAAAUCGUCUUUUGGGACUCCCUGACAGUCCAUUCCAAGAAGAAACCACAACUAUUCAACGAGAGAACGGCCGAUCCCUACUCCCGCUUGAGAGUGCCUGUUUACCGCAAAUUGUUUGAAGCUGCAUUCUUCAUCACCUUUCUCUUCCUCUACUAUGCAGUUCUAGUAGAGAGAAAACAGACGGGAAUUGGCAUUUUCGAGACUUUGAUGUAUAUUUGGAUUGUUGCGUUCGCCUACGACGAACUGAGCGGUAUUGUUGAUGCCGGGGUUCUCUUUUACCAGAUGGACUUCUGGAGUCUCUGGAACCUGGCCAUCAUAGUUGUCGGUAGCGCCUUUGUCAUUGCCAGGGUCAUCGGACUAGGCAGACAGGACGACUCCAUCACUGACCUGUCAUUUGAUAUUCUUUCGUUGGAAGCGUUGUUUCUCGUUCCCAGGCAUGACUCACCCAAGUCCUUGUUGGAGGUCGAUCUGCCAUCGAAUCUGACGCAAGCAACCAACAGGAUCUGCUCUCUUGUGAGCUUGAACUCUUACUUCGGCAGCCUGGACAUCGCGCAUGAUGUGAGUAGCGGCUAUGCUGCAGCCCAAAGUGAAGUCGGCCCGAGGAUUGGCAAAAUGGUUGGCUAUCGCGUUUAG